AUGGGUUCUUUAGACGAUGGUUACGACGACCCAUUUGCUGGUAUUUACGAGCCAUUUUCUGGGUUAAAUGAGAUGGAUUUUGAGCUGCACGGGAUUUACAUGGAUCAUGAACCACGACAGGAGUUUGUAUCAAGGCUUGAUAAAUGUAAGGAUCAUUUUCUUAACAUUCUACUUUGUGAUGCGAACAUUAGAAAUGCAAGUAUGACUGAUGAGAUGAAAGAUCGAGUGGACCAUGGUAAUGAUUUGCAAAAUGACGAGGAGGCAGAGGAAGAAGUGACUAACAAAUACAGAAUACACGAUCCAAAUGUUAGGUGGGAUAAGAUGGAACCUAAGUUAGGGGACGUGUUCGAAUCACCUGCACAACUGAAAUUCUGUGUGACAAACUAUGCAGUAAAUGGAGGGUACCAAAUAUACUUUCAGAAGAGUGACAAUAGAAGAAUUGUUGCAAGAUGUGGUAAGAGACAUGAAGAUAAUAAAUGCCCUUUUAGACUUUAUGCAGCAUGGAUGUACAAUGACAGAACCUUUUCAGGUUAA